UUUUUCAUGUCUUUUUCAUGCACACCUCAUCUAUUGGAGAGUAAACAAUAUUUUAGUUAUUUGUAUUUUAAAGUGAAAAGUAAAUUGUAUGUUUUGAAUGUGACAAUCAAAAUUUGUAAUACUAUUGAAAAGAUUAGAUCAUGUGGAGCAGAGCAAUGCUUUAUUACACACAAGAUGUAAGUUGAUAAUUGUGGAAGUAAUUCUUUAACAAAUGCAAAAUUGAGCAGUUUUAACUGCUUAAAAACCCAUUCAUUCAUUUAUGACCUAAGAGAGGAGACGCAAUGAUUUCAACCAGCAGGCGGCAGUAGUGCGCAUGUCCAAACAUGUAAAGGCUUUAUGUGCAGCGCAGCCAUGCUAGUCUAUCAUCGAUGGAGUCGAUCAGAGUCACAUACGGCAUCAAAACAUAAAGUCUUUGUUAAGGUGGUGCUGUAUGAUGACUAGUAACAAAAUCGUAGCAUCUAAUAUCAGACCAAGGGUUUCAUAACUUUAUCCGACGUAAAACCUGCCAAAGGUGGCUGUUUGUUAAUCUUGCUCGACCUCCAUUAAUCGGGUCUUAGUUUGUGUCAUUGAGGCAUCGUGGAGUAGCAACACGCUGUUACUACGUCGUUAGCCAAACUUUGGUAGUGUAGCUGUUAGGUAUGAUACAAACCUUUUAGCUAAAAGAAACUAUUAAAUAUGUUCAAAUACUUUGCGUAUUUGUGUGCGCGAAACGGACGGAGAAUCUCUGCCCCGGCUGCUAACUUGUCCGCCAUGUCAUCGGUUAGGAUCUUACCCAGAACCCCGACUCUGACAGCGGUGGAGGGUUCGCGACUACAGCGGACAUCCAGGCUCCUCAUACCGGCUGACUGGCAGCUGCCGCGGCGUCUAUCGGGCGGCCCGGUGUCCUCAGCGGACGCGGGCUCCCCGGGCUGUCCCUCGGAGGACGGGGAGGUCUUUGGUUCCCUCUCCGCGGACAUGUCCUCCAAGCAGUCGUACAGGAAAAGCAGCCCUGACUUCCAGGACAUGCGACACCGAGAGGACGACGCUACGGAGGAAGAAGCCUCGGUGAAGACUGGCAGGAGACCCGGGAGGAGAAACACCCCUUACUGGUACUUCUUACAGUGCAAGAAGCGGAUUAAAGACAACAAGCUGCAGGAGGCGUUGGAUUUGUUCAGCGGGGACAUGCUGCAGGGAGAGAGGCUGCAGCCGGAGGAGUUCAACUACACGGUCCUGAUCGGAGGCUGCGGUCGAGCUGGUCGCCUCAAAGAGGCCUUCAGGCUCUACAACGACAUGAAGAAGCGAGGACUAGUUCCCGUAGACGCCACCUACACGGCGCUGUUCAAUGCCUGCGCCGAGUCGCCUUCAAAGCAAGCUGGUCUUCAGCAAGCGCUGAAGCUGGAACAGGAACUCCGGCGCAAAAACUGUCCCCUCAGCACCAUCACAUACCACGCUCUUCUAAAGACACACGCCAUCGCCAACCAACUGCAAGCCUGUUUUCAUACUCUCCGGGAGAUGCUGCAGGAUGGACAUGUUGUAAGUCAGGAGACAUUUCACUAUCUGUUGAUGGGCUGCUUGAAGGACAAACAAAUUGGAUUCAGAAUGGCUCUGCAGGUUUGGCGCCAGAUGCUGAAGUCAGGGAUUCUUCCAGACACAAAGAACUACAACCUGUUAUUGAGAAUUGCAAGGGAUUGUGGGAUUGGUGAUCCUGCACUGGCCACUGACGUGCUGCUGAGGCUUGACGGUGAAAUCCAAAAAGAAGACGCUUCAAAUGCCAAGUCAGAUUCUAAAACAAAGGACAUAAUUGACAUUGACCUUUUAGAGAAGCAGUUGUUUAUCCAGGCUGAUUCACGCAGAAACAACGAAUCCUCAGCCUGUCUGGUACCAGUCAGACAAGAACACCAUCAUCCACUUGAGUUAGCAGAUAAUUCUGCAGCCCCUAAUCUGCUGGACAUUUUUGAGGGGAGGAAGGGGGCUGUGGUGUCUCUCAGCACAGUGGAUGGAGCGUUUGAUAGGCUCUCGCUUAUUGGAGGGGCCACAGGCUUUUUAGAGAAGAUGGUGUCUAAUGGACUCAGUCCAGACCUCAGGACUCUGACCCUGUUGGCAGAUACGAUGGAGCCAGGGCGCGAGUCCCUGCUGUUGCUACUAAAGGCCGCCAAACAGCACCACGUGAAGCUGGACACUGCGUUCUUUAACUCUGCGAUUCGCAGAGCAGCCAGAGCUGGAGAGAUGGAUACAGCAAAGUCUGUGUUGGGAGUGAUGCGGCAGCGUAAUGUAAAUGUAGAUGUACAGACAUUUGGAAGCCUGGCAUUAGGCUGUCAGCGGCAGAAUGAUGCUCUGCAGCUGCUGAAGGACAUGGAGGGGGUGGGACUUAGGCCCAACGUCCAGGUGUUCUCUGCUUUAAUUGGCCGAGCAGCUCGGAGACUGGAUUACGUCUACCUUAAAAAAAUUCUGCAAACUAUGAGUGACAUGCGAGUGUGGCCUAAUAAAGUCAUCAUCAAACAGUUGGAGUUUGCUGCACAGUAUCCUCCCAACUAUAACCAGUACAAAUCCAGAAACAACUAUCUGGUCCACAUUGAUGGUUUCCGUGGAUACUACCAGCAAUGGCUGCGAAAGAUGCCUGCUCAGAGCGAUGAUGACACACAGGUGGAGCUGCAGCUUCAGACAGACUCCGCUUUGCUGAAAGCAGAAGCUGUGGACGGACUGACGGAGGCUGAGAGGAACCAGAGAGCAGCAGCGAGGAGAUACAACUCUCGAAACAAGGACAAAACAAGACACAUUGCAUCUACUCUAUAGCAGUAGUUCUGAAAAUACAUAUACUUACAUUCUACAUCCUCAGCCAGCUGUGUGAAACUGCUGUUAAACUGAUGUUAAUUUAUAUAUACAUGGAAAAUGCUACUGUCAUCUGUAUUGUCAUUAACUAAAAAAAGUUUAAGAUUCUUGAUUGAAAUUGAAAUCUAAUUUUUACAGUGUUUCAUGAUUGUUAAAUUGUUUUCAAUAUUGUAUAAUACAGGAGACACUAAUGUUUUGACAGAACAAAUUGGGAAAUAGUUACAGCAAUAUCGUAACUAAUGUUCUACUUAGUUUACAUUGUCCAGAGUAGCGAUGACCACGGGUACAAAGUAGUGGUCUGAAAGGAUUUCAGGUUUGCAGGUUGCCAGGUCACAAGUUGAUAAUGACAGUUGUCGCCUGUUUUGAAUCACGAACCUUGAAAUCUUGAACCAAGCUGGUGAGUAAAACGAAAUGCCAGAUGUGAUGGUGUGGGGUUGCUUGGCUGUGUACACCAUCACUACCAAAGUAUGUAUGAGACAUUCCCCCGGGGUCGGGGUCAGGGUCAGUGGGGGAUUACACUUAGAUGGUCUGAACAAGCAUUCGUCAGAUGGGCUGGUCUGUCCACUGUGCCUCUCUCUCCUUGACAGCUGGAAAAUGCAAACAUGAUAGAUCAUUAAAUGAAAACCUUUCAUUGUGA